CUCCGUCUCUCGCUCGCCACACUCUGUUGACAAACGAGGAUCACCAGGGAUCAAUGAAUGUCCCUCGGCAUCAUAAGCGUCCAAAUGGAGCUCAACUGCUGGGCUCUACCGUCAUGACCUCACCCAUGACCUGGAUAACCUUGCUUUGGUGCGCCUUGACCUUUGGCGCGUUCUGGGCCUUCACAGAGGACCAGAAAGUCUCUGGGGCAUGGGGAUGCGAAAUGCCUCGCAUGUGGGUCAACUUUCAAGAACAGACCUAUGCUGGAUUGUCCCAUUCAAAAUACAAAGUCUACCUCUACCGCGAGACCUGGCCGCUGUCAAACAAGCCGUCCGGUCAGCCCGUCAUCUUUGUUCCAGGGAACGCGGGGUUCUUUGGCCAAGUCCGCUCCAUCGCGUCGUCGGCCGAGCGGCAGUUCGAUGGCGAUGAUGCGACCGACCGUCAGGUGUGGUCGAAGCCACUUGAUUUCUUCAGCAUCGACUUCAACGAAGACUUCUCAGCAUUCCAUGCACCCACUCUGCGCGAUCAGGCGAACUAUAUCGCGGCCAUCGUCCCUCACAUUCUGUCGUCCUACCAUCAUCUCCCCACAAAUGAGAGGCCGACUCGCGUUGUUCUCCUAGGACACUCGAUGGGAGGGAUCGCCUCACGUCUCGCCGCUUCUCAGCUGCCUUCAAAUGUCAUUGAUUCGAUAGUGACGAUGUCUACGCCACAUCAGUUUCCCCCAGUUGCAAUCGACUACGACCUGGAGAGGAUAUACUCGACAAUCAACAACCCCACGCCUGGAUCAGAGCAGCCGCUCCUAGUCUCCAUUUGUGGAGGCGAUUCCGAUACCCAGAUCGUGUCUGACAGCUGUGCUUUGUCCCAGCACAUGAUUGGUGUCGAUGGCGGCUUUGCAAGCUUUUCUACAGGCAUGCCAGGCGCCUGGACCGGGGUUGAUCACCAAGCCAUGGUUUGGUGUGUUCAAGUCCGCUGGAGGGUUGCCCGAGCUUUGCUCGACAUGACUGCCACAGAUUCGAGGGAGGCGAAGCUCGAUGCUGCAAAGCGAUGGCUUCUCGAACCCAUGCUGCCUUCGGUCACCGUGGCCGCAACCGGUGCUGGAUGGCCUGCGAAGGAGACUUGGAAGCAUGAGAAGCUCCCCGUCACCUCCCGAAACAUGUCGAUUAUCCUCCGCCUACAUCAUACGUCCCCUCGAACAAUAGCCCAGCCUCCCGUCGACGUGCUGUACUGUGAAGCGGACGAUCAAUGUCGAGGACUUAACCUUUCGGUGAGGGCUAUCCCUUGGGUUAAGAAUGAGGACCUGCCCUUUCCAUUGAAAGGUGAAGGCGUUUACCCGGAUGAAUCCGCUCUGGCCAUUAUCGUCCAUGAUGUGUUGCCCAUCCUGGGCUACUUGGAUGUGGCUACACCUUUUGGGACGCUAUUCGCUUCUGGAGGACCAAGGUUUGAAGGGCGGCACGUCAAAUCGGGUUGGGACUUCAAUCCAGGAGGCGACGUACCGGUUUAUGCCACCUUGCAUUUCAACAAACCGGUUGUAUCGUCACUUCUGGCGUGGCGGCUGGAUGUGAGGACGAGCUAUUGCACAAUUAUCCAGCACCUAUCGAAGCCUCCUUCCUGGGAAUAUCAAGCUUCAUACGAAUCUCGAUACUUUCCCGUUGGUAACUCCUCGGUCGUGAUCCAUUCGCACAUUUCCGGAGCUCCGUUUAUUGGACACAGCCAAUCCACCCAGGGCCUUGAUGUUCGCAUCUAUCAGAAUCCAGACUGCCCUGUUCAACGAGUAACGGUAAAGCUGGAUUUAAUCGCGUCAUUGGCCAAAGCAGUGCUCCGCCUGAGGAUUGCCAUGCUCGGGUGGUGCCUCGGGUGGGUCGGUAUUUUGGUGUUCCAACAAUUGCACGAGGCUCAAUCUUCAGGACGAUGGUCGUCACUCACUGCGAUCAUCAGUCGACGAUGGAAGCAACACGCGGCUUUGGGCACGGUCGUCCCCUUGGCAUUGUCUCUUGUGCAGUCUCUGAUGUCGUUGGCAGGCCUGCCAGGACAUGAGCUCCUCCUCGGCUUUACUCACCUCUACCUCGCCCCUUUCUCACUUGUGGCCGCAUUUUGGUCGUACGGAGCUGUCGUGGUAGGAGAGCUACUCCUCGAGCAACUCCUCAAUGUUGGUGGGAAAGUGCUCUCACCUUCCCCCUCCAAAACGCCCCCCUCGACCAGCAAGCGGUGGAGUGUACUGCCUCGCAUUGGGGGAGGGCUGCUCCUCAGCCUUCUUGUCAAGUUCAUUAUCCCCUACCGAAUGGCAUCCGUCAUGUUGUUCGUUGUCCAACUGGUGUUGACGUUGCCUCAUGGGCGUGAACAGGUCUCCGCCCUCCUGGUCACGUUCUUCAUCCUUCCCUUGCUUGCUCCAGCUAUCGCAGUCUGGGGCCGUAACGUUUGGGCAGCUGCAUCCGCGGCACUCAUCCUCGCCGUCGUCGGAUUUGUCGUCGCGCCUCGCAGGCCGUGGCUACUCCAACCUUUUGUCAAUGUCCUGUAUAUUACAAUGUCUGGCCUCUUUUCCGGAUACGGAACAUAG